AACAGAGAGUAAAGAGCUUUUACACAAAUGAGAACAUAUUUAGGGCACCAAACUAACACUCUGGUUGUCCAGCAAUUGUCCAUCCUCUUUUGGCGCCAACUCAACGAGAGGCACUGGCUUGGCUUCGGAAGACCAGGAAGAGUAGUUUGAGGAACAGUAGGAGACUAAAGCGGAGGAUUCGGGCCACCAUGAGAACCGCCAGGCGGGCCAGCGCCAUGGAGGUGCCCUCGUUCCUGCGCCAGCUAGUGAAGGAAACCGAGAAGAUGGUAACCUUCUUCUUCAAGGGUGGGCGACGGGAGUCGGGAGCUGAUGAUGACUACUUUGAAAAUGAAGAGGACAUAGGUAGACCCUACCUAGAAAGGCCCAAUUUGGCGAAAGAUAUAGAAGAAGGGGGUUCGAAAUGGGGCAUUAACUACGCCAUGGCCAGUAUGCAGGGCUGGCGCGCCCAGAUGGAGGACUCCCACACCUGCAUGCCAGAGAUGACCGAGGCCUUGCCAGACUGGAGCUAUUUUGCCGUGUUCGAUGGACAUGCGGGGAGAAUGGUGGCUCAGUACUGCUCCAAAAACCUGCUGGAUUUUAUUCUCGACACAGGUUGUGUGACGGUGGAUGAGGAUGUAGAACAUGUCAAAGAUGGCAUCAGAAAUGCCUUCCUCGGCAUCGACCGCCACAUGCACGCCCAGGUCCGCAAUGAGAACUGGGACAACAGCGGAUCUACAGCAACGGCUGUCAUGGUGUCUCCACGAAACAUCUACUUCAUCAACUGCGGCGAUUCCCGGACCUUCCUUUGCCGUAACAGCCAGGUGGUCUUCUACACGGAGGACCACAAACCCUUCAACCCGCGCGAGAAAGAGCGCAUCCAGAACGCCGGGGGCUCCGUCACCCUGCAGCGCAUCAACGGUUCACUGGCCGUGUCCCGCGCACUUGGAGACUUUGACUUUAAGGAGGUGGAAUGGAGGACUCAGACCGAACAGCUGGUGUCCCCUGAACCAGAGGUGUACGAGCUGGAGCGAAUGCCAGAAGAUGAGUUCCUGGUAGUGGCAUGUGAUGGUGUCUGGGAUGCCAUCAGUAAUGAGGAGCUGUGUGCGUUUGUGCGCAACCGCCUGCAGGUCUGCGAUGAUCUGAGGGAGAUCUGCUCUCAGGUCAUUGACCUCUGCCUCUAUAAGGGAAGUUUAGACAACAUGAGCAUUAUCAUCAUCUGCUUCGAUGGCGCCCCCAAGGUGACACCAGAGGCACUGCAACACGAGGCAGAGUUAGAGCAGCUCAUCGAGCAAAAAGUGGCAGAGAUCAUUAAUGUGAUCAGAUCUAAAGAUGAGGAACCUGACCUGCUACAUGUGAUGAAAUUCCUGGCAUCUGAAGGUAUUCCCGGCCUCCCACCAGGUGGAGGAAUCUCAUGCAAGAGAGAUUGCAUAAUUGCCGCAUAUCAGAAAUAUGCAGCAGCCUUUAGACCUCUUGACCCAAUGGAUAUCGGUGGUUCUGAUGACUCCACCUAGUGGCCGUUACCCUGAAGAUGGAAUCAAGCCUUCAAUCUCUGUAGAUGUAAUAAUUCAUGUGAGGACUAUAUUUGUGUGCCACUUGCUUUACAGAGGUCAAAUCGUUUAGCCAAACUGUUGCUUUUGUAAAUCAAUGUUGUAUGUUGUACACACUGAAACAGAAACAGGAAGAAGAGAUGUAUUUAUUAAAUGCUUUCAUAAAAGCGGCUUUCGCACCAGAGGGACGUUUUCAGAACUAUUGCCGGAAAAUUACCCUAGGGCAAAAUUUAGUUAUCGGGGGACCCUGGUGACUAGUUUAUAUCAGAGGGAGUCAAAACUACCCAGUGCAAAAGCCCAUAAAGAAAAAGCACUUAACAUUGACACCAUGGAAAGGUUCUCGUGAAAAAUAUGUAGAUCAUUAAAUAAUAAACACUUAAGUAUUCCAUAAUGUGGCUUUAAAAAUGCCACAGAAAUAAAAUAAAUUGUAGAUAUAAAAAUAAAUAUCCCACUUGUAGCUGGGAUAAGAGAAAUCAUUACCAUUAAAAAUACAACACCUUUUAAUAAAUAUAAUGUUACUUUUUUAAAUCUACAUAUAAAUAAUGUGAUGUAACAUUGCAGUUGUGGGUUGUUUCACGAUUAACUUCACAAUUCACAUAAUAUUUACAAACAUAUGUAAGAUACUUUAAUGUAUAAUUGUAUUAUAAAUGUUUUUCUUGUAUUUGUUUGAUGUUAAGCUCUGCAGAGAACAUAGACUUGCAUAACCGAACUUGUACACAGCAGUGAAACUAACAUCUGUAAAACUUUAUAAAAUGUACUUGAACUUUAAAUUCAAUUGUCUCAUUUUAUUUUUUAUUAAAGUAUACCUCUGUCA